CAGGGUCGCUUCCUGUCACGGCCGCAGCCGCCGCCGCCGCUGCCGCCCGGGGGCCGCGGGCGCGCUGGGCGGUGCCGGGCGCGAUCAGGCCCAGGCUGGUUUCGGAUCCGGCGUGAGACAGGUAUCUAGGCUGUCAAGAUGCCAGGGCCAAGACCUCGGAAACCUCAGGCCAGUGGCCAGGGUGUGGCAGCUGCAAAGCAGCUGGGGCUCUUUGUGGAGUUCAGCCCUGAGGACAUGCUGCUGGGGAUGGAGGAGACUGAAGAUGACGGAGACCUGGAGGCUGAACUGCUGGCCCUCACUGGGGAAGCAGGGGCUGCAGGCAGGAAGCCAACACCCAAGGGGCAGGCCCCCCUGCCUAUGGCCCACAUCGAGAAGUUGGCUGCAGACUGUAUGCGGGAUGUGGAGGAAGAGGAGGAGGAAGGGCUGGAGGAGGAUGCAGACUUGCUGACUGAGCUGCAGGAGGUCCUGGGUGCAGAUGAGGAGGCUGGGCCCCUGGACGGUGAUAAGACAGCUAACCCAGGUGGCUCUGAAGAGGAGAAGGGACAGGAAAACAUUGAAGCUCCAGGGCAGACAGCUCUACUAACAGCUUCAGUCCCAGCAGCUCAGGCUGGAGGGCCUCGGGGGCUGCAGGCUCUACUGGAGGAUCGGAUCCACAACUACCGGGAGGCUGCAGCCAGUGCCAAGGAGGCAGGUGAAGCAGCCAAAGCCAGGCGCUGUGAGCGUGGCCUGAAGACUCUGGAGGCUCAGCUGGCUGCUGUGAGGAAAGGCAGGAAGAUCAGUGAGGAUGAGAUCCCACCUCCAGUGGCCUUGGGCAAGAGACAGCCGGCCCCCCAGGAAACAACUGACAGGAACCCUGAGGCAGAUGCCCCGGCUCCCUUCACCAUGGAGUCAGACAAGCCCUCCCAGCCAGAGACAAGCCUCUUGGGCAGUCCUAGCAUUUCUGCCACACCCGAUUCAAACCCAGACCCACAGGCCCUGUUGUCGGCUCGACAGAGAGAGUACAAAUUGGCUGCCCUGAAUGCCAAGCGGGCUGGAGACCUAGACCAUGCCCGAGAGCUCAUGAGGAUUGGGAAGAGGUUUGGUGCAGUCCUGGAGGCCCUGGAGAAGGGGCAGCCUGUGGACCUGAGUGCCAUGCCCCCGGCACUGGAGGAUCUGAAGCCCCUUCCAAAGGCUUCCGAGGCUCUCACAGCACCCUCAGUUGUACCCCCAGCAGUGGAACGAGUGCAGCCAUUGAUGGCCUCCGACACUCCGGCAGCCCCAGUGGUCCCUGCUGAGCCACAGACGGUGCUGGAUGCCCUGCAGCAGAGACUGAACAAGUACCGUGAGGCAGGCAUCCAGGCCCGGGGCAGUGGGAACGAGCGCAAGGCACGGAUGCAUGAGCGCAUUGCCAAGCAAUACCAAGAUGCCAUUCGAGCACACCGGGCAGGACGGAGAGUUGACUUUGCUGAGUUGCCUGUUCCUCCAGGAUUCCCCCCCAUUCCCGGCCUGGAGCCCACUACGGGCACUGAGGAGGAUGCAGUGGCAGCUACUCUAGCAGCUGCCCAGAAACUGGCUUCCGUGGAGGAGACAGCCCCGGCAGAGGAAAAUGAGGAUGAGGAUGAGCCUCCAGUCCAGGCCCCAGUGGCCAAGAAGCCAGCGAAACCUGUGGUCCCUUCGUUCCGGGCCCUGCCUGAAUCCAAGGCCUCGAGCUCUAAGGAGUCGCUGAGCCCCUCUGCACGGGAGCAGCUGGUAUUGCUAGAGGCACGGAAACUGCAGUACCAGCGGGCAGCCCUGCAGGCCAAGCGUGGCCAGGACCUGGAGCAGGCCAAAGCCCAUCUGCGGGUGGCCAAAUGCCUUGAGGCUCAGAUCACCCAGGUGCGAGCUGGCCGACCUGUGGAUCUCUCCAAGGUGCCUUCACCCUUGACAGAUGAGGAGGGUGACUUCAUCCUCAUUCACCAUGAGGACCUGCGACUCUCCCAGAAGGCUGAGGAGGUGUAUGCCCAGCUACAAAAAAUGCUUCUGGAGCAACAUGAGAAGUGUCUGCUAUUCUCCAAGCAGUUCAUGCACCAGGGCAAUGUGGCUGAGACGACCAGGUUUGAGAAUCUCGCUCAGGACCGCAAGAAGCAGCUUGAGAUCCUGCAGCUGGCCCAGGCCCAGGGCCUUGACCCUCCCAGCCAUCACUUUGAGUUGAAGACAUUCCAGACUGUGAGGAUCUUCUCAGAACUCAACAGCACAGAAAUGCAUCUGAUCAUUGUCCGGGGAAUGAACCUCCCGGCCCCUUCAGGGGUGACUCCUGAUGACUUGGAUGCUUUUGUGCGGUUUGAGUUCCACUACCCUAACUCGGACCAGGCUCAAAAAAGCAAAACAGCUGUGGUGAAGAACACAAACUCUCCAGAAUUUGAUCAGCUCUUCAAACUAAACAUCAACCGAAACCACCGGGGCUUCAGAAGGGUGAUCCAAAGCAAAGGAAUCAAGUUUGAAAUCUUCCACAAAGGAUCCUUCUUCAGAAGUGACAAGCUGGUUGGCACAGCCCACCUGAAGCUGGAGCGGCUGGAGAAUGAAUGUGAGAUCAGAGAGAUUGUGGAGGUCCUGGACGGAAGGAAGCCCACUGGGGGCAAGCUCGAGGUGAAGGUGAGGCUGCGGGAGCCUCUGAGCGGCCAGGAUGUGCAGAUGGUCACUGAGAACUGGCUGGUCCUGGAGCCCAGGGGCCUGUAAGGAGACAGUCGGUAUUGGGAGAGGAAGCAGGCCAGCGACUGUGUGCGGGAGCAUAUUUUUCCCAGCUUUGCUGUCUACAGAAGCCUUUGUACAUAAGGAAGAUGCUGCUACACAAGCACCAAAGAUCCGUGAAGUAUGUGCAUUAUGACCACACAGCCCUGGUCUUUCCUGUUGCUGGCCCCUCUCUGGGCCUCCACCAAAGCAGGCUGGAUUCCAGUAGUCCCCUCCCCUUCAACUGCUUCCCUCUCCCGCUGGGCGGAGGCAAAGAUAGCCUCCUUGCUGUGUGCCAUGGAGUCUUCCAGCCCCUUAACCCUUGUGUAGCAACUGUGUGUAGCUUACCCCAGCCCCAGUUGCAACAUUUCUGGAUGUGCCUUUAAAAGAUCUAACUAAGGGAUGGGAGAACUUGAGGGUGAUCGGGACCCCCCACCCCCGCGUAAGGUGGGGGCAGGGUUCCGUGACUCCACCUGGUCCGUGGCAGCCUAUCCCACACAACUCAGCUUACCCCAGCUGUGCCUGUGCCUUGGUUCCUCACUGCUGCUGCACUAGCCUCCCUGCUUGCGGAAGCGCUCAGUGGAGGAGGGAAGCUACGUUCAGGAAUGUGUGCUGGGAAGUAAGGGCAAGGUUGUGUUGGGUUUGGUCCAUGCACCUAAGACUAAACGACUGUUAACUGGAAGAAAAAAAAAGAAUAUAUAAAUAAUUUUAUGUAGCCGUUUUUAUUUAAGAAACUAGAUCUAAUUUAUUAGAAGGGUUUUACACUCCAUAUGCAGAGUA